CUAGGUGUGGUAUACACCACCCACAACUGUAAUAAGUAGAAGUGCAGGAGAAAACCAGGAGAAAUCUGUUUUGGACGGAUACACAGAACAUAUAACCACAGCCAUUAAUAUUCUACUUCAAUAGAUACAGUGGUUCUUGCAAAUUGUGCAGUAUAGCUGAACGUAUUAUCGCAAGUACAGAAAUAAUAAAACAGACAUAUUUCUGUUUAUUUUAGACACCGGGUUGAAAAUGAGUCUUCUAGAUGACUAUAUGUCUCGAACUAAUGAGUGGGAAAAACAACGCUACCACCUACAUGGACCACAACUUCAACCACAUCCUAACUUUAGUCCAAGUGCUGAUGUUGCUGCACUGGAAGCAGCCAUUAAAGCAAAAGGUGUUGAUGAACACGGUAUAACGAAGAUUUUGGUAUAUCGCACCAAUGCUCAGCGCCAAGAGAUCAAAUCUGCAUACCAAAAGAAGACAGGCAGGGAAUUAUGUGAUGACUUAAAAAAAGCCUGCUCUGGACAGUAUGAAGAAAUUGUUCUAGGAUUGCUGGACACUCCAGCCAAGUAUGAUGCCCAUCAACUCUAUCGUGCCAUGAAGGGUCUUGGCACUGAUGAGGCCUGUCUUACAGAAAUUCUUGUAUCAAGGAAUAAUGAUCAGAUUUGUGCGUUGAAGAAGGCAUUCAAAGAAGAGUAUAAAUGUGACCUCAUAGAUGCCAUUAGAUCUGAUACAUCAGGAGAUUAUUGCAAAGUAUUAGAAGCCCUCCUUAAGGGUGAAAGAGCUGAAGAUGUCCAGGUGAAUGAUGAGCUUGUUGAUGCAGAUGCCAGGGCUUUGUAUGAAGCUGGUGAGAGAAUUAAGGGGACAAAGACAAGUGUUUUCAUAGAAAUAUUAAUAAAAAGAAGUUUCCCACAUAUUCUCAGAGUGAUGCAAAAUUACAAGAAAUUCAGCAAAAAUGACUUGAGCAAAGCAGUGGAUCUUGAGAUGAAGGGAGACAUUGAACGCUGUUUGCUUGACAUCUUGAAGGUUGCAAUGGGUAAGGCCGAUUACUUUGCUGAGAAGUUCUACUUAGCUAUGAAGGGAAGUGGAACAAAAUGCAAGGAGCUGAAUCGUCUACUUCUUUCAAACAGUGAAGGUAACAUGAAGGGAAUCAAGGCAGCUUAUAAGCGAAGGUAUGGCAGAAGUCUUAACGUCGAUCUGAUGGCUGAAAAACUUGGUCAAGAUUAUGAAGAAAUUGUAUUGGCCCUUUGUGGGCCAGACAACUAAAUGUGUUUCACAACAUUUCUGUUCUGGAAUGUAUCUUCUGAUAUUAAAUGAGUUUCUGUCAAAAAUACAAAAGUAAAUUUGCAAUUAUUUUUCAUUUAUUCUGUGAUUAAUGUAUGCUUAUACUGUUAUUCUGUAGAAGUAAAUGUUACAGUUAAAAAACUUGAAAAGACAGAAAUAAAAAACAAUUUCUCUUAAAA